AGGCUCUUCUCAGCCUUCUGCAAAGAAGUGGCUGUGCCGGAUGACAGACUACAGCAGAAAAAGUAGUGAAUGUCUUAUUUCGGAUUAGCUUAUUUAUAUGGCAGUCUUUUGUCGCUGUCGCUUUUGAGUAUUUUCAGGAAGUUCGAUUAACCCUGGGACAUUCAUGAUCAAUAAUAUUAAUUCUUUAUUAUUAAAGGUUGCUAUAAUCUUAUCCUGGAGAAUUCUAAUGAGGCUAUCGCUGAACUCAUCGCCGUCAGAAGUAUUCAUGUAUACGUGUUGACAACUGAGAAGCUCAGAGAAUGACGACGCCUUGUGCUGCACGAGUUCUCAGUGAAAUAAUAGCAAUCGGGCGAGUACCAAGUCGUGUGCUUCACAUACGUUCUCAGGAUGUUAACGGAUCUGGGGAGAAGAAGCCGCGCCCAAUCUGCUAUAUCAUUCCCGGAAACCCAGGAGCUUCAUCCUUCUACCGAACAUUCAUGCAACAUCUAUGGGAAUACAGCAACGGUUCAAUGGAUUUAAUUUCUGUGUCCCAUGCCGGGCAAGAUCCUGGCGUAUUGAAGAGUGAAGUUGACUGCACGGCAUCAUCACUGGCACCAAGCGAUGAUCUUUCUUGUGAGAACGACAAGGUGGUCAGUGACUCCUUGUUGAGGGAACAAUCUACCUAUCUGGCUCCUACCAACAGCAGCAGCAGCGUUGCAGUGGAUGUAGAGUAUUUCACUGUAGCUGAUCAAGUAGAUCAUCAUAACAACGCCUUGCAUCAGCUGACAGAACCUAACCAACCUGUGAUUCUAAUGGGUCAUUCCAUGGGAAGCUAUAUCAUCACUGAGAUGUGCCGCCGGUAUGUUAAUACUGAAGUUCGGAUUGUGAGAGCACUACACCUUCUGCCAUGCCCAGCUUGGAUGGGAAGAAGCCCCAAUGGACAACGGCUAGGACCUAUUCUGACAGGCUUUCAUUCAUGGAUAUGUGCUGCACAUCAUCUAGUCACUUUUCUGCCUCAUUGUAUUCUCCGGGCUGCUAUACGCCUUCAUCUUAGUGAUGUAACUCAGGAUAUCAUUGAUGAAUGUGUCGACAUUGUUAUGCACAGCAUCACUGGUCCGAAUUGUCGAGCUAUGGUAGCAAAUACAGCUGCUCUUGGUGCUAAUGAAGUCAAUGUAAUGAAAGAAUUUGACUUUGAAACCCUCCGUGUCAUGCAGACGCGCAGCACCUUUCUUUGCAGUCCAGUGGAUGGAUGGUUCCCUCUCCACUGCAUAGAUGAGCUUCGUGCGGAAAUUCCGGAAUUAGACGUUCGGAUUGUGGACGACAUCCCUCAUGCAUUCUGUCUGAAUAAGAACGCCGAGGUCGCAAAAGUGGCAUGGAACUUGGUAGAACAUCUUGUCAGCUCCUAAUCACGAUCACUAUUAACGAUAGGAGCACAUCGAUAUCGAUGAAACACAAGGGAAGGUGAACUAAGGAUCAUGGAACUCAGUAUCCAGCCAGACUAAAUCAAGUAUCUAUGAAAACCAAAGUGAUCAAAAUGAAUGUUACACAUGUUUUAGGUUCCACAGGCUUUAUGCUCGGGGCCAAAUCCUCUCUGUCUCUCUCUCUCUCUCUCUCUCUCUCUCUCUCUCUCUCCCUCUCCCUCUCUCUCUCUCUCUCUCUCCCUCUCUCUCUCUCUCUCUCUCUCUCCCUCUCUCGCAUGUUCAGUAGCCGUGGUGAUAGUAGAGAUGGUGCUGCACAUUACACAUGUACUACACUACUGUGCCGCUAAUUCUUUGUUUUUUUGUUCCUUUCAGCAUACUACGUAGUUUUCUACUUUAGGCAACACCAUUUUAGAUAGGCUCCAGUUUCAUCUUUCUGUUUCCGUCUUCAUACUAGUUCUAUUUGGUUUUUUAUACUUUUCCCUAGCCUAUGGAACAAGCCUCA